GUUAACAGAACUUGGGUUACCUGUCAACAAGGGGAAAUAAUCUCAACAUGUGCUAAAUUCAAACAAAACGAAAAGCAGACGAUUUUACAUGUUUGGAGAUGAUCAUAUGGGAAGAUGAGCCUAUUUUCUCGAAAAUUCUGGAAACCAGGGACAGAGGCACCAGAUUCUGCUUUAAAUGAGGAAAGGAAAUCUACAAAUGAGGAUUCAGGGACCACAGUGAUUUAUAAUCCUAACAGAUCAUUAUCUAUAGAACAGCAAAGACAAAAACUUCCAGUGUUCAAAUUAAGAAAUCAUAUUUUGUAUUUACUGGAGAAAUACCAAACAGUUGUGAUUGUUGGUGAAACUGGAUGUGGAAAGAGUACACAAAUUCCACAGUAUUUAUUAGAAGCAGGAUGGGCAGAAAAAGGUUAUAUGAUUGGAGUUACUCAACCCAGGAGAGUAGCUGCUGUUACAGUAGCAAGCAGAGUAGCAGAGGAAAGGGGCUCAAUAUUAGGGGCUGAAAUAGGCUACACCAUUAGAUUUGAAGAUUGCUCUGAGGAAAAAGUUACCAAAGUUAAGUUUCUUACUGAUGGAUUGUUGAUAAGAGAGAUCAUGGGAGAUCCACUCCUGAAAAAGUACAGUGUGAUAAUGUUAGAUGAAGCACAUGAGAGGUCAUUGAAUACUGAUAUUAUCCUGGGACUACUGAGAAAGAUUCAAAAGAAAAGGACAGACUUGAGAAUAAUUAUUGCAUCAGCUACAUUAGAUGCAGAGGAAAUGAGAGAUUUUUUCAACAAUAAUGAAACUGGAGAUAAAAGUAAAGAUACAGCAUCAAUUAUGACUAUAGAGGGGAGAAAUUAUCCAGUAGAUAUACAUUAUUCAUUAGAUCCUGUUCCAGAUUACUUGAAGUGUACAGUUGAAACAGUUAUGAAAGUACAUAAUUCAGAAAAAGAAGGCGAUAUUUUAGCUUUCCUGACUGGUCAGGAUGAAGUUGAAGCAGUUGUCAGGAUGCUUAUAGAUGAGGCAAAGAAGAUACCCAGAGAUGGACAUAAGAUGAAAGUUUUACCUAUGUAUGGUACAUUGCCAUCCUCAGAACAGAUGAAAGUAUUUGAGAGAACAUCUAGAAAUAUAAGGAAGAUAGUGAUAGCUACAAAUAUAGCAGAAGCUUCUAUUACAAUUAAUGGUAUUGUUUACAUAAUUGAUUGUGGCUUUGUGAAGAUUAAAGCUUACAACCCAACAACAGGAAUAGAAUCUCUUGUAAUUAUCCCAGUAUCCCAGGCUUCUGCCAACCAGAGAGCUGGUAGAGCAGGUAGAGUCAGAGCUGGCAAGACAUAUAGGCUUUACACAGAGGAGAGCUUCCAGAACUUGCCUCUUGCUACGGUACCAGAGAUGCAGAGAUCUGACCUGGCACCAGUUGUUUUACAGCUGAAGGCUCUAGGAAUCAUUAAUAUCAUCAAGUUUCAUUUUCUGUCACCUCCUCCUGCACAGAAUAUGGUUAGAGGUCUGGAAUUGUUGUACGCAUUAGAUGCUAUAGAUGAAGACUGUAACUUAACAUCUCCACUAGGUUUACAGAUGGCAGAAUUUCCACUCACACCAAUGUUUUCUAAAAUGUUGCUAGAAUCAGGUAAUUUUGGCUGUUCAGAAGAAGCAAUAACAGUUGCUGCCAUGACACAAAUACAAAAUGUCUUUGUUACUCCUUCUGGUAACAAAUCUUCUGCUGCCAGAUCUAGAAGAAAAUUUUCUGUAGCAGAAGGUGACCAUGUGACCUUAAUUAAUGUGUUUAAUUCAUUCAUCAAGUAUAAAAAGAGUUCCAAAUGGUGCCAUGAGUAUUUCCUAAACUAUAAAGGAUUAUGUAGAGCUGUAGAGAUAAGACAUCAAUUAUCCAGAAUCCUGAAGAAGUUUAACGUACCACUGGUCUCUUGUGGAGAAGAUGUGGAUGCAUUAAGGAAGUGUAUAACAGCAGGAUUUUUUGCCAAUGCUGCCAAGUUUCAUUACACUGGAACAUACAAAACUGUAAGAGAUGACCAUACCCUACAUAUCCAUCCAACCUCAGUGCUUUCUACAGAAAACCCUCCUCAGUGGGUUGUUUUUAAUGAAGUUAUACAGACAAAGAAGGAAUACAUGAGAGAUAUUACAGUUAUAAAACCAGAAUGGUUACGAGAAUUAGCGCCACAUUUCUAUCAGUUUGGAACUGAAAGUGAACUUGCUGUUAAAAGAUUAAGAUCAGACAAUAGCUGAAAGUACCAGGAUGUAGUAUUACCUAACCAAUCAGAUUUUAGCAAGGAAAUAACCAGGAUGCUCACCGGACCAAUUUGAUUUUAGCAUGGAAAUUACCAGGGUGUAGCAGUAUCUGACCAAUCAGAUUUUAGCAACAUUGAAUCCUGGAAUUUUAUGAUUUAAUUUCAUGGAGGACAUUAAAUAGUUUAUUUACCUUUUUACCAUUUCAUAUGAAUAUACAAUAGAAACAUGUCAGAAGCAAUAAGCUAUAUUAUAUCACAUUUAUUGAAAAGUCAUCAUAUAUUGUAAUUAAAAUGUCAAUUAUAAUCAGGAUUUUUUAGUAUUUCAGAUAUUGAAAUCAAUACUAUUGAAUAUCUAUUUUGUUCUGUGAAAUGGCCAUUUUUCUAGAAAAAAAAAUCACUUUGCCAAAUAAAGCAUGUAUAGAGCAUGCAUGCAACAUUGAUAACGAGAAUUAUAUGUUUUAUAUUUAGAAAUACUAUGUGUUAGGAAUUUUAUAAUAAACAUUAUGGUGAAAGUAAUUCAUGUGUUAACCAAUAAUCAUGCAAUUGUCAGUCCAUUUAGAUUUUGUUGGGAGAUAAGUACUCCUCUUGUGGUUCAUAUCUCCUUUUACUCAUACUAUAAAAUCCUUUAUUUUUGUAGAGAUUAAAUAUCAAUAACAGUCCAGAAUAAAGUAGAGAUGUUUU